AUGCCGAAAAAAACUAUUUUACCUUCCAAUUUGAUUACAACGAAUGAAUUACAUCAAUGUGAAAUCUCCGAAAGACAUCACCGUAUACAGCCAUUUGAGCAUGUUCAUUCUGUGGAAUCUAAUCCUGAUCGAGACUGUAUAACAGGCAGUGAAUUCGAUGAAAAUACAAAGAAUAAAUUAUUACCUGCUUUACAGUCUAAUUAUACAGCUGAUCUUGAUUGGGCUCUCAAUCAGAUGGUGACGAUUUCAUAUGAAUAUCCUCAGAAACUUUUACUUGUUGAAAAUCUCGAAUUAUUUAAAUUUCUAAUAGAUAAAACCAACAUGUGUUUACAAGAAACUUUAUUCUCUAAUUCAGAUAAUUCAAAUGCACAUAACAUUAUACUCAAAAUACUACACAUCAUUCGAAACUUUUCUUUUAUUGAAUCCAAUACAAAAGUGUUUGCAACAAGUGCUGAAUUUAAACAAAUGCUCAUCAAGUGCCUUAUUAUGACCAAUUCCUCUCAUUAUAGUCACUGUAUCGACAUUUUAGAAAACAUGACACCGUUUGUUGAAUUAGGUCCAUUUGAUGCUAUUAUUGGGUGUCUCAAUAAUCUUCUCAUGACAACUACAGAACGAUCUGUCAUAUUAGGCUCUAUUCGUAUUUUAACCAUGCUAGCAUCCUCAUCAGCCACUAAUUUACUUUAUCUCUUACCGACAUCCUACCAAAUAGUGGAUCGCAUUACACAGUUUUUAAUUGCUAAUGAUGAAGAGUUGAUUGGUACUAGUCUUGAGUAUUUGUUUCAAUACAGUCGACUCUCCCCUUCUUUUGCUCAACAUUUAUUAAGCCUUCAUGAUGGGGCUGAUAUUGGUAUUAUGGUUUCACUCUUGAUGAUACCCUAUAAAUACUUUCGUUCAUCAUUAGUAUCUCCGUAUAAUUCACCUCAGCCUUCUACUUCAGAUGAAUCCAUUCUCUUUUCUGAUCAACACGGUAGUGCGCCUUGCAGUCUUCCUAAUUUGACUUCAUAUCAGCAUUUAGAUGAACCUUAUCGUUGUCUAGGAUGGCUUAAAGAUAAAUUUGAACUGUCAAAUACGAGUAGCGAAUUAUCACUUGAUGAUAUGUAUCUAUUGUAUGAAACAAGAUUUGGACAUGAAAAGGCGUUACGUAUAAAAGAAUUUUAUACGGUCUUGAAGAUUGCAUUUCCCAUAGUAUCCGGAACUAUGGAAGGAUCAGCCAAGCAAGGAGCUAUUCUAGAAGGUACGACCAUUCGAGGACUACAAAUCAAAAUGUGUAUAUUACAAGAUGGAUCUGAAUUAAUGUGUCAAUGGACGAAUUGUUCACAAAGCUUUAACAACCCACAAUUACUACAAAGCCAUGUACUUCAUGAUCAUCUACCUUCAGCUUCUGUAGAUAAUGGAUGUAUGUGGACAGAUUGCAAUCAAAUUACUUUUGAAGAUUCGUGUCAAUUAUCUUCUCAUAUUCGUGAUUCACAUUUACCUAAUUAUAUAGAUACUUCAGAUAUUCAAGGUGUAGCCUUAGUUGCAGUACAACUCUUAAAGAUACUUUCACAAAGUGUAAAUAGCCAUAUUGCCUUUGUACCUUAUGAGCAAGAGCUAGCCAUGAUGAUUCAACGAAGGCCAAAACUAAAACCCUUUAUUGAAACCAUAUUUUCAAACUUUUGUACUGCUUCAUCCACUACCACCCAUUCAUCACCUGUUUCUUUUUAA